AUGAAGAAGGCAAAGCUUGAUUCAACAACAGAACCUGCUGUAGUUGUGGCUCCACAGGAUGUUGACCUCGAAGAAGAUGAAACUGAUGUGGUUGAUGUAGAUGUUAAAAUAGAAGGUGAAGAAGUUUAUGUCAAAUCAGAAAGAGAACGAUGGUCGAAGGUAUGGAGGUUUUUUGAAAGACUUCCAAUUGGUAAUGAUGGGAGGGAAAGGGCAAAAUGUGAUGAAUAG